AAGCUGGGGGAGAAGGUCGCGACCCGGAAGGCGUACGGGAUGGCGCUGGCCAAGCUGGGCCGCUACAACCAGCACGUCAUCGCUCUGGACGGGGACACCAAGAACUCCACCUUCGCCGAGCUCUUCAAGAACGAGCACCCCGACCGCUAUGUCGAGUGCUACAUCGCCGAGCAGAACAUGGUCAGCGUUGCCGUGGGCUGCGCCGCCCGUGACCGCAGCGUGGUGUUCGCCUCCACCUUCGCCACCUUCUUCACGCGGGCGUACGACCAGCUGCGCAUGGCGGCCAUCUCCGAGAGCAACGUCAACCUGUGUGGCUCGCACUGCGGCGUCUCCAUCGGAGAGGACGGGCCCUCCCAGAUGGGUCUGGAGGACCUGGCCAUGUUCAGAGCCAUCCCCACGGCAACGGUGUUCUACCCUAGCGACGCCGUGUCCACGGAGAAGGCCAUGGAGCUCGCUGCCAACACAAAGGGCCUCUGCUACAUCCGGACCAGCCGCCCCGAGAACAGCGUCAUCUACAACAGCAGCGAGGACUUCCACGUCGGACAGGCCAAGGUCGUCCACAAGUCCAACGAUGACCACGUGACUGUGAUCGGAGCCGGAGUGACCCUUCAUGAGGCAAUGGCCGCCGCAGAGCAACUGAAGAAAGAGAGGAUCAACGUCCGUGUGAUCGACCCAUUCACCAUCAAGCCCCUGGACUCCAAGACCAUCAUCGACAACGCCAAGGCCACGCGAGGCCGCAUCAUCACCGUGGAGGACCACUACUACGAAGGGGGCCUCGGCGAGGCGGUGUGCGCGGCGGUGGUCAACGAGACGGGCUUCAGCGUGCACCGCAUGGCCGUGGCCCAGGUGCCGCGCAGCGGGAAGCCCCAGGAGCUGCUGCGGCUCUUCGGCAUCGACCGCGACGCCAUCGCCCAGGCCGUCCGGAAGGUUCUCAGCACCUCCGCCAACAACAAGUAGAGGAGGAGGAAGAGGAGGAGGAGGAGGAAGAGGAGGAGGAGGAGGUGGUGAAGACAGGCGAACGAAAACAGCGGAAGUCCGAUAGCGAGACAGCGUGAUUGGGUGACGGACGCCGUAGUUACCGGCUGCCGUGGUGACGAUAAAUGUGAUAAAUGGAGCCCAAAAAGAAACAAACAAACCAACAGAAAGGGAGGGGAGUACUUCUGCCCCCCCGCCCCUCAAAAUGAAAACGAGCCAGUUUUGUUAAACUAUCACGAUGUUGUUGUUGUUGUCCGCCCCCCCCUGUUCUGUUCCCUCCACUUCCCACUCCCCCCUCUUCCCCCUCCCCAAUGUAACCCCCCCAAAUUAUCCCAGAUUUGAAAAAAUACAAAUAAAAACCUGGUGCUGCCCCUAGUGGUUAGUGAAGUGUGGUGUUGUGGAUGCGUCCCUGUGAAGCGGUAUUGUUGGUUUUUAGGGGGGGGGAGCCUAUUAGAGGGGGAGGGGCCUUUUUGAGCACUGACUGUUUGGAAUCCUAUUUUGCAAACCAAAACUUUUGCUUUGUACUGCUCUCCAAACACCAAUAAAGAGGCAGUUUCUUCACAGCU